AUUCCGCUGAUCUGACUGGCUGCUGCUGCUCGUCUGGCGUUGCCAUUCGUCGAGAUAUGCAGCUCGGUCUGCUUGCAAGAGGACUAUCGUGUGGGAAUGACUAGUAUCCUACAUGUGGAAUUUUUUUUAUUGUCAUCAUGGCAGCUCUUGUGAAACAUCUAUGCUUCCUAUUUUCUUUUCUCCAGGCUUUAUAAUACGACUGUCCAUCGCCCAGCUAGUUUAUCUCUGCAUGUUGAUCAGACCAAUUCGUUGCCUUGCAUUUCCUCACCCACUGACAGCGGAUUCUGAACUCAACUGAACGCUUGGUCGGACAAGCCUAUUUCGCAACGAAAGCUACGGGCUUUUGCAGAGCAACGACGCCUCAAGACAUCCUCGGAGUUAACGGCAGAUCAGACUUCCCGACUUGCAUUAUCUAGUUGCCAUGCCUUUCCGUGAGAAAGCUCGCCCAAAACGCAGAUCCGAUGAUGAAUUUGUCGUGUUUCUUCAAGGAAUUCCUCCACAUUGCCGUUGGCAGGAACUUAAAGAUUUAGUGCGUCAAACAGCUCUGCAUAUUCGUCAAGCUGUUGUAUAUGAUGACAGCCACGGCUUUCCCACCGGACUCGGUCAGAUUAUAGUCAAGAACGAGGAUGAAGCGUGGAGAACAUAUCACCGACUUUCCACCAACGGAUGGGAUGGCCAAAGUUUGGUUGUUACGCUCGCGCGGACAAGCACACCAACCAAGCCCAUCGCUGGACCGACCAGAAGCCCAAUGCACUACUCUGGUCAUUCCACGCCGCCGCUAGGGAAUGCGAAAUUUCCUCCAUCGCCUGUUUCACCUGAAUCUACCCAUGCUAGUCCAACUUUCUCAUACCCCGAGUACGGCGUAAUGAUGGCGCCAAUGCCCAUGGCCCCGUUCAUGCCCAUGAUGCCAGAUCUCGCUCCUAUGCAGUUCCCUCCGUCUCCAGUGAUGGGUGGGAUAUCCAAUGUCGCCGAUGCAUGGCAGCUUCGACACGAACCGCUAUCACAAGUCUCCGCCUACCCCAGACUCGCACGCUGGGGGUGCAAAUACCGAGGAAUUAUUCUGGAGAAUCUGAAUGCCUCUACUCAACGCGCCGACCUAGAGAACCUCCUCCAAACAGCCGGAACCGUCGAGCAGAGCCACGUAACAAAGAACCAAGGCCAAGCGCAGGGUCUGGCUACCAUGCAAACAGUUGAGGAGGCACAGCGAGCAGUUUACAUGUUCAACAACAUUGUCUUCAUGGGCUCUCGGAUUCGCGCAACGGUCGACCGACGGGAGAGUUUCGACAGUUCGGAUGCUGAUUCGGAUUUUGGAAAAGAGAGUUGGAGUGGGACCUUCACCCCAGUCAAGGCUGGUCGCGUUGAUACUUGCAAGCCACUUGUGGUGGAUGGUUCGGGCCUUGCGAGUCGGUUGGAGAUGUUGUCUACUUCUGCGCCGACAUAG